GCGGGCGGGCGCGGCGGGGCAGCCCGGGCGCGGGGCGGGCGGGGCGGCGGCGUUGGCCGGGUCGGGCGGAGCGGGGCGGCGGCGGCGGCAGCUCCGCGGGCCGAGAUGCCGCUCUUCGCCGCCAACCCCUUCGAGCAGGACGUGGAAAAAGCUACAAAUGAAUACAACACCAGUGAGGACUGGGGGCUUAUCAUGGAUAUUUGUGACAAGGUUGGAAGCACUCCCAAUGGAGCCAAGGAUUGCCUUAAAGCCAUCAUGAAGAGAAUGAAUCACAAAGUUCCCCACGUGGCUUUGCAAGCUCUCACACUUUUAGGAGCCUGUGUGUCAAACUGUGGGAAAAUAUUCCACUUGGAAGUGUGUUCCAGGGAUUUUGCCACUGAAGCUCGAGCUAUAAUAAACAAGGCUCACCCAAAAGUGAGUGAGAAGCUGAAAACCCUCAUGGUGGAGUGGUCAGAAGAAUUCCAGAAAGACCCACAAUGUAGUUUAAUAUCUGCAACCAUCAAAUCCCUGAAGGAAGAAGGGGUCACCUUCCCUGCAGCAGGGUCCCAGGCUUCCUCCAGUGCUGCUAAGAAUGGCUCCUCAUCCAGUAAAUCCAAAGAGGAUGAGGAUAUAGCCAAAGCUAUUGAAUUGUCUUUGCAAGAGCAGAAGCAGCAGCAAAUGGAGACCAAAUCCUUGUACCCACCUGCAGAAAUGGCACAAAACCCCCAGAGCCUGCGGAAGGUGCGAGCUCUGUAUGACUUUGAAGCUGUCGAGGACAAUGAGCUCACCUUUAAAAGUGGAGAAAUUAUUUUUGUUUUGGAUGACAGUGAUGCCAACUGGUGGAAGGGGGAGAACCACAGAGGAGUGGGGCUGUUCCCAUCCAAUUUCGUCACCUCUGACUUGUCUGUGGAGCCCGAGGCAGCUGUGGAUAAAAUCUCUGUUCCUGAGGACAAUGCAGAAGAAAUUAAGAAAGCAGAACCUGAGCCAGUUUAUAUUGAUGAGGACAAGAUGGAUAAAACACUGCAGGUACUUCAGAGCAUAGAUCCCACGGAUUUAAAGCUUGAUUCUCCAGAUCUUCUCAACUCAGAAGAUAUCUGCCAGCAGAUGGGUCCAAUGAUAGAUGAAAAACUAGAAGAGAUAGAUAGGAAACAUUCCGAGUUAUCCGAGCUGAACGUGAAGGUUCUGGAAGCUCUGGAGCUCUACAACAAACUGAUGAACGAGAGCCCCAUGUACUCAGCCUACUCCAAACUCCAGCACCCUGCACAAUUCCCACCCACCUCCUCUGGAGUCUCUGUGCAGUCGUAUCCUGUGCAGCCUCCCAGUGGGAAUUACAUGAUGCAGGGCGUGUCCAUGUCCCCAGGGUACAGCCUGCCCCCGGAGCAGGUGGGCCAGGUGAGGUCCCUGCCCCAGAGCAUCAGCUCUGCAGCCACUCAGCCACCUCCAGCUGCUUACCUAAGCCCCGGCCCCGACCCCGCGCUGCCGCAGCCCUUCCCGAGCGUCCCCGGUGUCACCGGCACCGCCGCCUUCCCCCAGCACCAGAUGGGCGUGGCCGUGGACGUGGCAGCAUUCCAGAGCAACCAAGGACCAGGUUAUCCCGUGGCGCUUCCUGCUCAUUCCCUGCUCCAGCAGCAGCCGAAUUUCCAUCAGCAGCCUCUGCUGUGAAGAGCCGGGACGGAGGAGUUCCGCGCCGGCGCUCUUUGGGAGUCCCUGCCUUGGAUAUCAAAGUCCAGCUUCCUCUCAAAUAACCCAACUCGCUGCGUUAGGGUGGUGCAGAGUAAAAAUAGGCACCAGCUCUGAUGGUUAUUUGCAUUUUUGCAUCCUGAACUAGAUUAGGGGAUGGUUUAAAAUAAUUCCCCAUUCCUCCGAGUCCCUUUUUUUUUCUCUUUCCCUGCGCUUUCAGGAAACGCCACUUGUGAAUCUUUGAAAGAUUGUCCCAAAAUAAUUCUCUUUUCAAUGUGUUUCUGGAAGCUUGAGGAUGCUGAGAUGCUGUUGCUUUGCCCCUUCUGGUGUCUUCUGUAAUCCUUCUGUCCCAGUGGCUUUAGGGAACCUCUGCGCUUUGGAGUCCCCUUCCUGAAGGACGCGCCGCGCAACCCGAGGGGUCCCUGGCUCCAGCUGGAAGAGGAAGCUCUGCCACUCAGGACCACAUCCCUGUGGAAAUAGGAGGAAAAGAGGGGUUUAACAGUGCUGCCUCUGUGUUUUGGAGAAAACAGAGAAUUGCUGUGUUUUUUCUUGAGGAAAACCAGUUUUCCUCCAAUUCCCCGGUGGCUUGGCAGAGGUGGCACUGCCAGCACGAGGCUCCUUGGGAAGAGCAGGCAGGGCAUGCUCCAGGUGGAUCCAAGGUGCUGAGCCAGGCACUCACAGCAUCUCUCUGCAGUUUUCCUUUGUGGCUGGGUGUAGAAAUGAAGGAGCAUUGGAAUUCCUUGUGGGAAAGGAGGGGCUGGAGGACGCUUGAAGCUGCUGCACCUCUGAGGAUCUGUUCCCUUUGCAGGGGGAGCUGAGUGGAACAGGAACUGUCCUGAUGGGACAUGGGGCUUCUGCCUCUCUUGGAUUUCCCUCCUCUGCCACUGUGCCCAUGUCUAAAGCAGCCCUGAGCCCAGAGGAGCUCCUGCACCCCUGGGAAAGGGGGAUUUGAGGGUGGGAUUGGGCUCCUGUGCACAGGAAAUCCUGAGCCUUUCCCUGGAGGAGGGAUUGCCUUGGAGCUGGCCACGAGUGGCAGCUGGGGAGAAAAGAAAUCCAAGAGUUUCUUCCCUGAUGCACUUUUUAAAGGGUGGGCUUUGUCCAAGGGAGCAGAUGAGCUGGAUUAUCCUUUGGGAAUGUGGGAUUUCUUUCUCUUGUUUCAGCUGCUGGAAAAAAAAAAAUCAUUUCAUCCUCUAUUUACCUGCUCACUGGAGCAUGGUCACAUUUAUCCUGCUUUUAACCACCUCUGCUGAGUGAUAAUCCUUGGUUUGGGAAAAUAAUGAAAGCAAAUUACUGAUGAAAACAUCUCCAUUAAAUGCAGGAAGCUCCCAGAUGUCUAAAUAAGCAUUUUUGAUGUAUAAACUUCAUCCCAGAUUGGAACUCCCAGGCUGCUGAGUGACAAAACCCAUCCUUCACUCAGCACCUCCUCCACUUAUUUUCCCUUUUAUUUAAUUAUUUGCUAUCUUGACCUUAUAUUUGCAGCCUCGUGCUCAUGCAAAAAGUGCUCUUUAAAUGACUUUUUAUUUAAAUGUGUGCAAUUGGAAGGAGGAUUUUGUCCUUCCUUUGGAAAUGACUUUAAUUUGUCUUGAUCCUUCCCCUGGAAGUAGCUCAGUACAAAUAACACACGUGGCAAUACUGAAGUGUUUUGAUUACUUGUUCCUUGUGUCUUUUGAGGAAAUGAAUUUUAUUUCAAUGCUGCUGUUCCAAAUUCUUAUUGUUUGGAGCUUUUGUUUGUCAGAGUUUACUUUGUUCCAAGUUGGUUUGGGGUAAAACUAAACCUUGCUCUUAUUGCUAUAAAUUCUCCAUGUUUGUUGGGAUAUUUAAAUUGGUGGUUUUUUUGGAUUCUGAGCUUUGGGCCAAGAGAAAUCUUCAAUUGAGCCAGCCAGAUGUGAUUUGAUGAUGUUAAUUGUUAAGUAUAAAUAAUGUACAUACUCAUUUGUCUGAGAUUUUCUACUCAUCUCCACACAUGCCUGAACUUUUUUAUAAAAGCAGGAUUUGUCCUUCUGUCACCUCUUCUACUCCUAACUCUGUGAUAUGCAACUUGUAGAUAGUGUAAAAUAAUUUAAUUAUUAUUAAACCAGUGUAUUUAGAGGGGGUUGGUGUUUCUCUUCAUACUUCUAAACAUGAUCAUAUUUAUUUUUGAGGCCUGAUUGUAACUGAACAUGCUGCCAAAGGAUUUCUCUAACUCCAGAUUUCUACCUUAGGUUUCUACCUGCUGUUUUCUAUCAGGAAUUCAGGGUGGAGAACUCCUGCUUUUUCAUACAAACCCUUAACAUAGGAACCCGGGCGACUUUCUAAUGAGACUUCCCACGUGGUAUCUUUGUUUCAUGGGUGUUAAAUGUCACUGUGAGAUCCAUUUCCUUUGGUGUCAGCUGGGGACCUGUUGUGUCUGUUCAGUUUGUCCCCCCAGAGUGCUCUGAGGGCUUGUGCUCUGUCACCUGAUGUCAGCUUUGUCUCUCCAAUUGGCUCCAGAAAUAAUGUUAAAAAUCAGAUUACUGAAACCUUC